CUCCGAAAAAGCGAAAAUUAAAAAAGAUGAGCUCAUCAGAAUACCCCAAAUCCAGAAACCCCACCCUUUCUUCAAUUCUCACAUCUCUCUCUCUUCGCUCUGAAGCAAAGACAAAUAUGCAAAAUCCUCUCUGAACAAAAUUCACUUUGGAUUUGCAGAAUUUAUUUGCUCUAAGUUAGAGUGAGGAGAAGCAACUGCCAAAUCUCUGUAAUGCACUGUGAAGAUCUCGAAGAACAACAAGACGAAGAAGAAGACGAAGCAGCGAGACAUUUCUCGUAGAUAAUGGUGGCUGCGAUUCCUCAAGGAGCAGCAAUUUCCAACACCGACUCUAAGAAUCCUCCACCUCGAGAUCGGCAAGACAAACCUCAGCUCACAGCUAACAAUGGCGGACUACAACGAAGACCUAGAGCUGCUAAAAAUGUCCCCUCACGCUACUUAUCCCCUUCUCCUUCACAUUCCACGACGACGACGACGACCACUGCUACAUCUACUUCGACUUCGUCUUCUUCGUCUGUGAUACUGAGGUCUAGUAAGCGAUAUCCUUCCCCUUUGCUCUCUCGCACGACGAAUUCUGCUUCUAAUUUGGUUUAUACGCCUUCCUCGUUACCUAAACGGUCUCAAUCGGUGGACCGUCGUCGUCCGUCGGCAGUUUCUGACACCCGAACGGAAAUGUCGGCGGCGACGAAGAUGCUUAUCACUUCUACGAGGAGUUUAUCUGUUUCCUUUCAAGGAGAGGCGUUUUCGUUUCCGAUUAGUAAGAAGAAGGAGACUGCCACGCCGGUUUCUCACCGGAAAUGUACUCCGGAGCGGCGGAGAGCGACACCUGUUCGAGAUCAGCGGGAGAAUUCAAAGCCGGUGGAUCAGCAACUGUGGCCUGGUGCUUCUCGGAGGGGAAGUUCUGAAUCUGUUGUGCCGAAUUCGCUUUCUAGAAGCGUGGAUUCUGACAGUGAUGAUGGGAGGAAGCUUGGAUCUGGCUUUGUGGGAAGGUCAAUGUUGCAGCAUUCGCAGAGUUCUAGGGUUUCUGGUGAUGGGAGAUUGAAUUUAGGUUUUGUAGGAGGUGAUGGAAUGUUGGAAAUGAGAGAUGAGAACAAGGCAAGACAAAGCACACAUCCAAGAUUGGCUUCUAGCGUUUCGUGUGACUUUACUGCAUCUGAUACUGAUAGUGUUUCAUCUGGUAGUACUAAUGGUGCGCAUGAAUGUGGUUCUGGUGAGGUUUCUAAAACAAGGAGCUUGCCGCGUAAUGGUAUGGCUUCUACUAAAUUCUGGCAAGAGACUAAUAGCAGGUUAAGGCGGAUGCAGGAUCCUGGCUCACCUCAAUGUUCUAGCCCAAGUUCGAGAAUCAGUAGUAUCUCAUCAAAGUUCAGUCAAUCGAAACGGUUCUCUAGUGAUAGUCCGUUGACAUCAUCUCCUCGUGGUAUGACUUCUCCAAUAAGGGGUGCUACUCGCCCUGCUUCACCAAGUAAGCUUUGGGCAACAGCUACAUCAGCUCCAGCUAGGACAUCAUCUAGUCCUUCUCGAGUGAGAAAUGGAGUUUCUGAACAAAUGAAUGCUUAUAACCGCACCUUGCCUUCAAUUCUUUGUUUCUCUGCUGAUAUUAGGAGGGGUAAAAUUGGGGAGGAUCGUGUUAUGGAUGCCCACUUGUUGAGGCUUCUGUAUAACCGUGAUCUGCAGUGGCGGUUUGCCAAUGCGAGGGCAGACUCCACUCUCAUGGUACAAAGACUGAGUGCAGAGAAAAUCCUGUGGAAUGCAUGGGUAUCAAUCUCGGAAUUGCGCCAUUCUGUCACUCUGAAACGGAUCAAGUUGCUCUUGAUGAGGCAGAAACUGAAACUAGCUUCCAUCUUGAAGGAGCAGAUGUGUUAUCUAGAAGAAUGGUCUCUUUUGGACAGAAAUCACUCAAAUUCUUUGUCAGGAGCAACUGAAGCCUUGAAAGCCAGCACACUUCGUCUUCCAGUUAGUGGUAAAGCCGUGGUUGAUAUUCAAGAUCUCAAGCAUGCUGUUAGUUCAGCGGUUGAUGUCAUGCACGCUAUGGUGUCUUCAAUAUUCUCACUUACAUCGAAGGUAAAUACCUUGUCUCGGUGAUUAUAACGUGAAUGUUGACUAAGGAAGCUUAUCCUCUCAUUGCUCUUCUGUGCCAUUUCUGUUUUGCGUCGGAGAAUAGAAUAUUAGAAUGCAAUAUAUAGCUACGACGUACUGCAGAAGUAUCUCCAUGACCAUGAUAAUACAGAAAGGCAUACAAAUACUUGUCUCCUUGCCACCUUUGUCAUAGUGGUUAUUGUAAGAUAGAAAGUUGAAACUCAGAGUUUUAGUUGCUGGUACAAAGCCGGUUUUAGCUCUGUUCAGAGAACCCGGUUGUCUGACAAUGUACUUGUCUAGAUUUGUUUCUAUAUGAAUUGCUUGUGUUUUCUGAACCAUACUUUGAAUCCUCUUAUCUGGGUGCAUUUUGUUUUUCUGUCAUUGGUAGGUGGAGGAAAUGAAUUCAGUAAUGGCAGAAAUGGUGAAUAUCACUGGAAAAGAAGAGGUUUUGCUCGAACAGUGUCAAGGAUUCUUAACAAGAGUAGCAGCAAUGCAGGUUUGAAUGCUCUCUCUGCUUUCUGCUUUUGCCUUUUCCUCCUGCUCAGCUUUUAUAAGCAAAAGCAUGCCUCUUGCUAGGUUACGGACUGCAGCAUGAAGACGCACAUAAUACAACUUAGCCGGCUAUAAACCAACCUGACUUCACAACUGUAGAAACUGAUCUCCUCUGCGUUUACACGACUACUCACGCCACUUCACAACCUGAAUGGUUUCUAACAACGUUUUACAUUCCCACGGCCUUCUCUCGGAAUCUCAAAACCGCCUUUAUCGUUUUCAACCGGAUCAAGGUGUGCUGUCUCGAGAUAUCUGUUUCACUGCACUCCGGAUUCAACGUUUUUUAAAUGUAAGUUCCUGCAUUGGAGAAUUACAGAAGAAAGGUGAAAGAAUAGAAUGUGGUGUUUAGUUUUACCUAUGAAUUUAGUUUAAUUGUAUACAGAAAAAGCUUCUAAAUAGAUCAUUGACUUUUGUUCUCAAAUGAAGAAAAAAAAUGUACAUAAUGAAGAUAUCAAUCUCUCUUAUUUAGAGUUGGAUUUCUUGCUGUUUCUUAUUUCCCAUGUGUCGCGUUCCUUCCUUUUGUGUGUACACUUCUUGUCGUUUUU